AUGAAGGAAGAACUGCCGCCACCCACGGCGCAGCCUUCAUCGCGGCGCACCAGCAAGUUCUCAUUGAUCGUCGCCCUUGUUUUAAUCUACGGCGUCGGUCUCAGCAAGCACCACGAUCUCCAUCACCCCUACGGCCUCUUCCCGCAGCCCGACGACCCCUUCCGCUUCCUACCCUGCACGCGCGCAACCGUCCCACCCGCGCUCGACGACCCCGAUGCAGCCGCCACCUGGGCGUCUCGAUUCGACCCCGACCAUGAGAACUGGAACUGGGGGGGCCCGAAUGGCGACGGCAUCUUUCUCUGUGGGUACCUCGAUGUGCCACUCGACUACACCAACCAGUCGGACCCGCGAAUCGCCCGGCUGGCGGUGACCAAAUUCCAAGUCUCCGGCCCCCACGGGGGAAAGUCCGAACGCACGCUCGUAGUGAACCCCGGGGGGCCCGGGGGCAGCGGCACGGGGCUGGUCUGGCGCGCCACAGACGAAUUUUCGCAGCGCUUCACGAACGGACAGUACGACGUGCUGGGGUGGGAUCCGCGCGGUGUCAACACCUCCCUGCCCCGGGCAGCCUGCUUCCCGUUCGACGCCAAUCGCGACCGCUGGGCCCUGCUGCGCGGGCAGUACCGCGAGGUAGCCGGGCCCGGCCACCUGGAGCUCGCGGAUGCGCUAAACGAGGCGAUCUUCCAGGCGUGCUAUGAGCAAUUGGGUGACCUGGGGCGGUUUCUCAGCACGACGUUCGUGGCGCGCGACGUCGAGGAGAUCCGGAAGGCGCUCGGGGAGAAAGACCUGACGGGAUACUUUGUCAGUUAUGGCACGGGCAUCGGGCAGACCUGGGCCAAUAUGUUCCCGAGCAGCGUGGGGAGACUGAUUCUCGAUGGCACGGAAUACGUGCGCGACCAUCGCAAGGUCGGUGGGUUCGGGUACACCGCGCUUGAUAAUGCCACGGAUGCCUGGCACGACGGGUUCCUGGGCGAGUGUCUCCACGCCGGACCUGAGCACUGCGCCCUGGCUAGCCCUAAGAAUGGCACGGCGGGCCCCGUCCGGCUUGCUGAUCUUGACGCCCGCAUGCACGAUCUCGUCUCCUCGCUCAUCCACCGCCCUAUUCCCGGCUACACUCCGUCCAGCGGCCCCUCGAUCAUCACCUACUCCGCCCUCGUCUCGAGCAUCUACGGCGCCAUGUACAACGCCGUCAGCUGGCCAGCGCUGGCGCAGAUGCUCUCCGAGCUGGAGGACGGCAACACAACCCUAGCCGCGCACUUCAUCGAAGCAUGGGAAUACGAUCCACGAGACCCAGCCUCAUGCCCCUCCUCCUCCUCCUCCUCCCGAUCCUCCCCCUCUCUAUCCCCAAGCACCGACGAACUCACCUACCUGGUCAUCUGCGCCGACAGCGCCGACUCCCCGGAAUGGCUCACCCCAGACGGCCCGCAAGAGCUAAGCUGGUGGACCUCCCUCUGGGAAUCAAUGACCAACCAAGCCUGGAUUUCCGGAAACUCGCGGUUCUACAACGUGUUUCCGUGUCGGCAGUUCAACAGGUUCUGGGGCCAGCCGGCGGAGUUGUACCGGGGAGAUCUCAACCAAAGCCUGGCGAACCCGAUCCUGCUGAUCGCGGAGACGUAUGACCCGGCGACGCCGCUGCGGAACGGACGGAGGUUGUUGACGGAGAUGGGGCACGCGAAUGCCAGGUUGGUGGUCCACCAUGGAUAUGGCCAUAGUUCGAGGGAUGGGUCGGCUUGUACGGAUGGGAUUGCGAGGGGGUAUUUGCUCACGGGCCAGGUUCCGGAGGAGGGAGAGACGGAUUGUUUUGCGGAUGAGAGGCCGUAUUUGUAUGGUGUUAAGAAGAGGGAUGAUCCUGUGGCGCUGUGGAAGGCUCAUCUGGAGACGUUGACUGCUUUCGGGGGGAGGAGAUUUGGGUUCUAGUGUACCUUUGUAGCUGGAAGUGGAUUGGAGUAGACUAUUGCUAUUAUUGGUGUUUGGCCGGGCGGAGUGGUUGAGUUAGGACCGGUAAGUACAUCCUGGUCUUGAUAGCAGCCUUGCACAUAUCAUAUGGAUUCCUAGUUGCAGGUUAUGAUUAAUUGAC